AUGGACGGAUCCAAUAUUGACAUGACGGCCCAAAACUUGGAAAUAUAUUUGCAGAAUAACUUGCAAGACAACAUAUUCUGCGCUAUCCCAAACUUCUGGGACUGUUUCUUUGAAAAAAAGGACUGGACCGACCAGGCUUCUUGUAUAUGGGAAAGCUAUAAAAAGUAUGAGGUUGCUGAGGAGAAUAAAAGAUCGAGAGACAAGGAAGAGAAAAUCCUAGAAGAAGGCAUGACUGAAGGUGAGACAUGGGACUGGCUCACCUUCUUUGAGGAGAAUUUCCUUAAUCAGCUCAAUGGCUGCACAACAAGGUCCACAAAAUAUCCCAUUGUCAUCGAAGAUAAGGGCUCCCUUCUGCAAGGGUGGUAUUGUCGUACGAAUAGGACGCAACGUGCUCAGGAGUCCAAGGGUACUACUCAGAUUGACUUACUGAUUAAAAGCAUUGACAUACGGGAUGAUGAUGUUGAUUGGGAAAACAUGAACGUUGGAGCUGAGUUCACAGUAUCACCAAGUAAGUCUAUAAGAAAGAAAAAGUUCCUUCAACUAUCAAGAUGUGCUCGUGAAGCAUACUGCGCUCAGCCCCUGCGGCAAUUUAUGCACGGAUUUCUGAUGUUAAAAGAAGAAUUCGAACUAUGGGUUUUCGAUCGCUCGGGCGCUUACAGCUCGGGCAGAAUGGGUAUUAUAGAAAGCAAAGAGAUUUUCGUGCGAGCAUUAUGCUCAUAUUUGUUGAUGAGCAAUGAGGAACUUGGGCGUGACAUGUUAGUCCUGCGAAAAAAUGGACAAUCCACAGCAAAUUUCACAGGAAGUGAUAGUAACUCAGACCAAAUAUUUGAGAUCAAACCUAAGCCUGUCAUACAGUCAACGACCCUAGUCACUCGAGGGACGAAUCAACCAUGA